AUGGUUUUAAAGAUAGUGAAAGGAUUAUUAACUAGUUCUGCUUAUAAAUAUAAAAUGGUGUUUGUUGUUAGAACAGACAUAGGUUUGCGUAGUGGUAAAAUAGCUGCUCAAUGUUGCCACGCUGCCAUUCUAUGCUACGAAAAAGGCCAAGCCAAAGUAGUUUUAAAGGUUAAUAAUUUAGCUAGUCUUGAAGAAAUUUAUAAGCAAGCUAAAGAUUCAAACAUCACAGCCGAGCUUGUCCGUGAUGCUGGUCACACACAGGUAACUCCAGGUACAAUAACUGUCUUAGGCAUAGGACCUGAUACUGUAGAAAAAGUAGAUAGUGUAACAAAGCAUUUAAAAUUAUUAUAA